CAAGAGUGAUUCACAUAUAAAAGAAACCUGAAGAUAUUCGUUACGUUAUGUUAGAUCUUUUUACUAUAUUUUCUAAAGGGGGCAUCGUUCUCUGGUGUUUUCAGGGGACAUGCCAGUCCUUUACGCUUCCAGUCAAUGAACUCAUUCGCAGUGUUAUUUUACAGGAGCGCGGGGGAAAUAAUUCGUUUACUCAUGGCUCUCUUACACUUAAAUAUAAACUUGACAACGAAUUUGAAUUGGUGUUUGUGGUUGCGUUCCAGAAAACGUUACAACUUUCAUACGUGGACAAACUCCUGAAUGAUAUCCAGCUGGAGUUUAGGAACAAAUACAAAGAUGACCUUGAGGCAGGAGUCAUGAGAAAUUAUGAAUUCAAUGAGGAUUUCAACAGACUACUGAAGGAAGCAGAAUUGAGAAGCAAAUUAGAAUCCCAAGCACCUACAAGGAUGAGAACCUUUGAAGAAUCAAAGAAGUCACAGAAGACGGUGGCUUCUCUCAAGAUUGACAAAAAUGAAAAGAACAAGGAAAGUGCUAAAAAUUCCAAGAAGGGAGGAUCUAAGAACAAAAAGCCAGAAGUAAUGGAAGAAGUCAAAACAGCUGAGUCAAAGCCGGCCAAUGCCAAACCUUCCUCAGCAGACACAGUCAAUGGUGUGAUGAGCGAAGAGAUGAUUAGAAUGAACAUUGAAAAACUGAAGAAGAGAGCUGCCCCAAAACCACAGAAGGCUCCAACAAACAGUAAAGGUUCCCCUGCAUCAGCCAAAAAGAAGGGUAAGGAGGCCAGAAGGUGGGACAAUGCUGGAACUGCACAGGAAGGAAAGAGUUUGGACUACAGCAGCUCCAAUGGUAAUCAAGCAAAUGAAAAUGAUGAUGAUGAGGAGGACCUCGAAAAUCUGCGUCCUAUUGUUGGUACAAUGCAAGGUGAACUUAAACCCAUGGAAUAUGACUCUGAGUCUGAGGAGGAAGAUGUAGAAGAAUUGAGCUCUGAUGGUUCAGCUGCCAAGCAAAGCAAGUCUUCAGGCCUUGGUGGAGGGCUCUUCUCUUUCUUCAAAGGCUUGGCUGGACAGAAGACCCUCACUCUUGAUGACAUCACCCCAGUGUUGGACAAGAUGAAAGAGCAUCUCAUUGCCAAAAAUGUUGCAGCCGACAUCUCAGAGAAGUUAUGUGACUCAGUGGCUACUAAACUAGAAGGCAAAGUGCUAGGGACCUUCAGUGGUAUCACAUCAACAGUGAAAGCUAGCUUGGAAGAGUCUUUGGUGCAGAUUUUGUCUCCGCGCAGGAGGAUUGAUAUACUGCGUGACACAAUGGAUGCCAAGAAGCGUGGCAAACCCUACUCUAUCACCUUCUGUGGUGUUAAUGGUGUUGGAAAAUCUACCAAUCUGGCCAAGAUCUGCUUCUGGUUGCUUGACAAUGGUUUCCGUGUGAUGAUUGCAGCCUGUGACACCUUUCGUGCAGGAGCCGUGGAACAGCUGAGGACCCAUGUGCGUCAUCUGAACGCUCUUCAUCCCCCUGCUGGUGGGAGCGGGCCUCCAUCUGUGCUGCUGUACGAGAAGGGCUAUGGUAAAGAUGCUGCCUCCAUAGCUAUGGAUGCCAUUAAUUUUGCCAGGGAGCAGCGUAUUGAUGUUGUCUUGGUGGACACUGCUGGACGAAUGCAAGAUAAUGAACCCCUGAUGAGGGCUCUCUCAAAGCUGAUCAAGCUCAAUUCUCCUGACCUGGUUCUGUUUGUCGGGGAGGCCUUGGUGGGGAAUGAGGCAGUGGAUCAGCUGAAGAAGUUUAACCAAGCACUGGCUGACUUCUCCAUGGCUGAAAAUCCGCGUUUAAUUGACGGCAUUCUGCUCACUAAGUUUGAUACCAUUGACGACAAGGUUGGUGCAGCUAUUUCCAUGACAUACACCACUGGCCAACCGAUUGUGUUCGUGGGCACAGGUCAGACCUACAGUGACCUCAAGAGUCUGAAUGUCAAGGCCGUGGUCAAUGCCUUGCUGAGGGCCUGAGUACGAAAGCUUUUGCUUAACAAAACGUAAUGUUUCCCUUGGUUAUAACCAGUAGUUUUUCCUGGCGGGAACGUUUUAGUUACCGUGGUUACAAGUCCAUCACUUGACGCCUCUCUUUUUAUUAAGUCCUUCUACUGCUGAAAUUCUAAACAAGUAAUUGCAAAGAAAACGGGUUGUGGUAUUGUGUUGGUAACAGGUUUUAAGACUCUUUACGGGUUUGGUAAAAUAUCGUAACAGGUUUAACCAGAUACCAUAACAGGUUUGACACAAUAUUAUAACAGACUAAACAUUAUACCAAAAGUUAGAAUGUUUGUAAAAUUUGUGGCUAUGCCCUCCAGACUUUACACCAAUGGAGUAACCUGGCAAAGUGAAAAUUCUAACCCCCUCCGCUCACCCCACCGACAGACUUGCCUGGAACAAUUGAAAACCAAGGGAAAACACUAUGGUAUGAGAAUAAGAAAACUUCUUUCAUUCUUCAAAGGCAAAAAGUAAAAAAAAAAAAACGAUAUGUAUUAAUAAAAUUUAAAUUAAGAGCGA